CCCCGCCCAGUCCGCAGAUAUGGUGGUGCUGAAAGGCGUCCCUGCGCUACUGUCUCCAGAGUUGCUGUAUGCUUUGGCGCGCAUGGGGCACGGAGACGAGAUUGACGCUAACUUCCCCACCUCCUCCAUCUGUCAGUGUGGGCCUGUGGAGAUCCGGGCAGAUGGCUUGGGCACCCAGAAGCUCCUGGAAGCUGUGUUGAAGCUGCUGCCCCUGGACACCUAUGUGGAGAGCCCGGCUGCUGUCAUGGAGCUGGUGCCCAGCGACAAGGAGAGGGGCCUGCAGACCCCAGUGUGGAAAGAUUAUGAGAUCCUCCUGCUCCAGGCUGGCUGCACGGGAUCCCUGGCGAAGAUAGAGAGAUUUGAGUUUUAUGAAUGAGCCAAAAAGGCUUUUGCUGUUGUUGCAACAGGGGAGACAGCACUGUAUGGAAACAUCCUCAAGAAGGGGACAAUUGCCCUGGGUUCCCAGUCUGAGGCCUGGUGAAGACUACUCUGAGGGGAGAAGAAUCGACAAUGCCACGGGCCUACCCACAGCAGCACCGGACCUGGGCCUCAGCCAGGGUCUCAAGGUGCCGGUGGGUUUUGAGGGACCCUCCCAACUGAGACUGAAAUUUUUAAAAAUGAUUUUUAAAAAUGAUGGAAAAACGGGGCACUAUCGACAUUCAAUCGAAAGACUGUUCUCCCUCCCAGAUUUGUUUGAAGCUGAGCUCAGGGAGGCUCCUGGUUCCUCAGAGAGUAGACACCACCCGCUCCUGAUGAAUGCUCAGGUGGAAAUCUUUGUGUGAAAUGAGGCCUGGGGGCAGGCAAGAGUGCCUGGCAGGGAAGCCAGAGGUGGGUGCAGUGACUGACUGGCCGCUGAAGGAGAAUGGAGGCUUCUAUGCCACCAACUGCUCAAGAUUCAGACGCAAGGUGGCUCUUGAUCAGGGGCACUCCCUCAGCCCCAAGCAGGGCUGGCCUACCACUUGGGGAGGGAAAAAAAUACAGGCGUGGUGAGGGGGUGUAUCCCGUGCUGCUGGGGAUGGUGCAGCCUACCAGGAAGACUAGAGAGGCCUGGGUGUGGGCUGGGCCUAUGAUCAGUAAGUGAAGCACUCACUGCAUGUGCCUGAGCAGCCAGGCGCCUUGUGCCUGGGGAUGAAACCAGAUGGAAUCUGCCUGCUUCCUACUUGAAGCCUUGAUUGUCCUGGGAGGUAAAGGACACCGUCGUGUAGUGCCCAGUGCAGGGCAGAGGGGCAGCAGGAUACAGCAGUGGACUAAAGGGGGUUGGUACCCAGAGGGUCAGUGAUGAUUUACCUUUGCAACAUUUGGACUGGGUCUCAAGCAAUGCAUUGUCCAGACCUGAGGUCCUCCCCUAGGCCAGGGCUAGCAAAGCUGUGACGUGAGUGCCACAGCGGGCAUGCAGAGCCUUCUCUGUCAAAACCAAGCAUUGAAUAAGAGUUGUUUUUCCUAAACUGGAGCCUCAGUGUUCAGGUUUAAUUGCAGUGUUGGCAUUUGGGGGUAAAAAGUGGGUUUAAGGCUGCAGUUUGGGCACCUGGUCUCUUAAGAGGUUCGCUGUCACUUCCCCCCAACUCUUCCUUCAGCCAUGUGGAUGCAGGAAGAAGAUGGGGCAGAUGGACAGUGGGAGCUGGUUUGGCUGGAGGCCCUCUCAGGGGUUAGGGAUAGUCACAGGCACCCAGGCCUACACUCCAGGGCCACAAGGAGUAGAGGGGCAGGCAAGCCAACUGGGUAGGGAUUUGGGGCCAGGCAUAAAGGAACCCCACCAAAGCCUGGCCAUAUACCUUGUUGACCAUCCCAUCUGCCCCUCUGGCAUGGCCCCUGUCCACCAGUCACUGUUGCCUAGUAAAGUGACUUUGCUUUCUGGCAAAGCACUCAGUCAGCACCACCCAAAUGGCUGGUUACCCAGCUGAUAUGAGAGGGAUGAAUGCAGAGACUGCAGUGAGAAUUUAAGAGGGGAAGAAGUUUGAAGGCUACCCCUACCCUCCCUGUUUCCAUGAGGUGCGUGAAGAAGGCCUGUCUCAGGCCUGUUUUGGAUUGAGAGACUUCCCCAGCGUCCCUCAGCCUGUUGUCCCCAGGUCUCAGGUUGCAAGGCAGAGUUAGCUUGUGCUUCCCUCUGUCUCGGUGGGCUGCUUGCCACGGUGGCAAACUCCUGAGUCCCAGGUUCCCUCUGCCUCUCCUGAACACAUCCAGUUAUGCGCUUCAGGAGCUGGAGGAAAUACCCACAGGACUGGCUCAAACAAGGUUAGAAAAAGGCAUGGCUGUGGAACUCCACCUUGGCCAGUGCCCACCUUCAGGCCUAGCAGAGGCUAGACUCUUGGAGCCUCAGAAAUUCACAGGUCUUCCACCUGCCUGGGACCUAGAGAAGGGAGUCAACAUGGGGCAGCCUAAAUCCCUGGCCUGGGUCUGAUUUUCUCAGGGGUGGUGGGCACUAGUCGCUGACCACCUGUGCCUGAGUUGCUCUGGUAGUGGCCCCUGGCCAUUUCUGACCUGACAUAGGAGUGACCUGGGAGGGGAGUGCUGUGAACACACAUAUACCUCAGGGAUUCAGGACCUCCUGAGAUUCUGUAGCCUCUGCUGACACUGCUCUGCUCUAUUGAUUCUGAGCUAACCACCCUGUCCUAGUUCUUAUAGGAUGACAGGUGAGGCACACUGAGGUGACAAUGGACCUGCUCUACCCUUAUCAGAGCAGGACCUUGAAGCUCACAGUCUUGGCCUUGGUGAGUUCAUCCAUAAUGGGAUAUGGACUCACUCAUAAUGUGGGGACCAGGCUCCUACUUUGUAGGGCUUGGAGGCAGGGAAGCACAUGUACCAUUCAUAUACUUGGGAGAGAAUGCUAGGGGACACAGCAAGUUCUAGGGCGUGUGAGGUCACCUGGACAAACACAGCAGCUGCAUGCCAGUCAGGGACAUCAGGAUCAAGAGUUGGUAGCAGAGCUGGUGAAUUUGUGUGGUUGAGGUCAGAGGGUUUGGCCCUAGGUACUUCUCCCUCACUGCAGAGCAUGGUUGCCAGGUGCCCCACUGUGUGCACAGUGUGAGAUAACUAGUGGCCUGUGCCUGUGCUAAAGCAUUGGGCCUGUUGAAAAGGUUCCUGCAGAAGGACUGGCAUCCCAGAUGGCUGGAUGGCCACCCACAAAAUUAGGACAACAUGUUUGCAUACCGGACCUAUGCUGGUCAAUUCACUUGAGCUUCUGUGUGCUUGCACCUGUCCACCUGAGCACAUGUAAUAUACCUACACAACUGUAUGCCUACAUGCCUGUCUAGCAGAGUACCUGUCCACCAGAGUGCCAAUUGUCUCAGCCUCCCUAGCCCUCUCUUUACCUGGGUCUCUUCUCUGCUUUCCCAGGGAGCCCAGGGCAAGUACACCUCCUUCCUGCUAGAAAGCAGGUUGGGAUCCAGG